AUGCAAAAUGACGACUCUGGAAGCAGACAGACCAUGCCCUUCUCUCAAGAGUGGCAUGGCCAACCACCGCUCUCCUACACGACCGACGACCCUCCCCAAUUCAAUCGUCCUCUUGAAUUCCACCACCAGAGCUUCCCAGCUUCCGACGGGACAGACACCCAUCAGACGCCGCCGGCAGUCUCGUCGGUGGAAAACACCAGAGGGAUGACGACCCCAAGGACAAUUGGAACCUCAGCUUCAGCUUCAACACCGGCAAAGGGGAAACGCGUGCGGACCGGGUGCCUGACGUGCCGGGAACGUCACCUCAAGUGCGAUGAAGCCUCGCCGGACUGCCUCAACUGCCGCAAACGAGGCCGUGAAUGCAAACGAGGAGUACGUCUCAACUUUCUUGAAAUUAACCUCCACAGGCCUGCUGCUUCUAUGCCACCUCCCGAGGAGUGGGCAGUCGAGUUCCAAGACGAGUCUCGAGAUAUCGCCUCCGAGUACCAGGGUGGUCUCGGUCGCUAUGCCCCAUAUGAUCUGGGGCCUGAUAGUGUCAGCGAAAAAGAGGAUCCGAAGCCUCUAAAGACGGAGGAGGAGUAUCCGGAGCCGGGUCCGACUGAUAGGCCAGGCUCGCGGCGGCUCCACGAUUAUAUGGCUCCUGACGAUAGCACCCCGAGGGCUUCAGAGACAUCUUUACUGCAGCACCAGGAUGACAUGGCAAGGGGUGAAGCCAAUGAUGGUGGAGGAAUGAUAAGCGACGUUUCCAAUAUUGCAACUCCCUCAUCGUCAACGCAUUCCACCACCACCCCGCGGCCAGACUUUAACCAAGAGCAACUUGUGGCAGUAAGAAAAAGGCCAUCCCCGCAUCAAGCAAGUAUUGAGACUGUCGAUUUGGAAAUGCCCCAGUUUGACAAGCCGUCACGAAUGGAGAGAAUACCCGUCGAGCAGGGCUUUCACGAUAACCCCAUCCACCCAUUCCCCAGCGAGAUGAGCGAAACCAUGGGGCGCGACAUUCUAACCUCGGCUGAUGAGGUCUACUACAUGCAGAUCUUUGUCGAAGAGGUUGGUGUAUGGAUGGACUCGUUCAAUAAGGACAAGCACUUUAGUAGAAACAUUCCGUACCACGCCCUCAAGUCGACCAUGCUUCUCAACGCACUCCUGGCUUGUGGAGUCAAGCACAUCUCUCUCGUCUCACCAGAGAACCACGAUAAGGCCUUGUUCUACUAUAACACGGCCACGACGCAGCUUCUCCGCAGUCUGCAGAACCCCGACCGGAACACGGCUGAGUGCGCCACCACGGCCAUCGUUCUCAACGUGUACGAGAUCAUGUGUGAGAAGCCUGCCCAGAGGAUGAGCCACAUCGCAGGUUCACGGGCACUGGUACGGGAGUGCGGGUGGAAUGCUAGAAGCACUGGUAUUGGAUCAGCAUGUUUCUGGUUGAACAUAGGGACCGAGGUUCUCAACUGCGUGGCGGCCAACUGGCAGACGACGUGGAACCCUGACGAAUGGGGUGUCGACUUUGAAGUUCCUGGCCAGGGACCUGAGAGCGAGAUUGGGAAUGAACAAGCAUGGGUGCACCGCAUCCUCUACAUCGUGGCCAAGGUUGCCAACUUUCGAGCGGCAAGGGCCAAGCCUGAGGACAUGGACCCGAGGGAUGAACAGAUCUGGUUGGGGAACCGCAUGUCCCAGUGGCACGAAUUGAAGAGGCUGUGCGAUGACUGGAACAACAGCUGUCCCAGGACGAUGCAUCCGUUCGGAUAUGUGAAGCAGUCCAAGUCGACGGCAAAGUCGGCAUUCCCUCGUAUAUGGAUGAUACAGCGGGAAGCAACGCUGGGUCGUCUGCUUUAUCACGCUGCUCACUGCAUCCUCUCACAGACACAUCCCCUCGAGUCCAUCACAUCCUCUGAGAGGAUGCGAUUCUUGCAACUUCACCACGCCUACCAAGUGUGCGGCAUUGUAGCACACACCAACGACCGCAGCGUUUCUAUUGUGGCUAUCCGCUGCUUAGCAAUCGCUGGCGCUGUCCUCACCAAUCCUAGCGAACAGGCCGAGGUUUUGGACAUGCUUGACAGGAUCAACACGACGAGCGGCUGGCGCCUGAGUGCUGUAGAGAUGGAACUCAAGAAGGUCUGGGGCUGGGAACGAAUGAAGCUACCCGUAUCGAGCCCAAAGGCAGACUCGAGUCAGAGUCAAGGGGUGCCGUCCGUGCGGAGGGCCUCAAUGCCCUUGAUGUCAGGGAGGGUGUCGACGCCACCAGUUAUGGCUGCAGUGGGAACAAAGACACCAGUAAACCCACUGAGCUUUGCUGAUUUCAAGUUGCCCAACCACCCGUACCAGAACUGGUACGAGCCACCAAACCGGACAGGUUCGUUCAACCCUCCCUCACUCUGA